AUGAAGAUGGCAGAAAACACAGUUGCUUCCCAGCCAGGAUCCUGGAAUACCCAACCUUCCCCUAUGGAGUCCAGCCAGCUUAUUUCAGGUCAGAGCUCAGAUAUGCCUACCUGGAAACAAACAGUGAUAGCAUCAACAUCCUGUAGCAACCAAGAUGCAGCCUGUACUCUGAGUUCAACAGCACACCUGGGAGAAGCCAAUGAUUUCCUGUUUGGAGAGCCAAGUGAGACCUCUUUUUGGUACCAGCAAGUUGUGUCUGCUGAGCAGAAAAUCUCCCCUGCAGGCCCUCAGCACAUGCAGCUCAACAGCACCCCGAAGACAUGCCUCUCUCAUUCCCAGAAGAGAGCAGUACUCGACACCAGGGAUACUCUCUACAAUGAAGGCUACUGGAAGAGGACACUGAACUCUGACAAGACUCUCUUGUUCACAAAUACAGACAUGUGUUUGAAUCCCAGGAUUAACUUUGGUAAUUAUCAAAAGGUGCUUUCUGGAAGUCAUGCUCUCCAGGACCCAAAUGUAGAUCACUCCCUUGCUUCUAAACAUGACCAGAUUUUCAGUGGUGAACAUGAGAUGCCUUUCCAUGGUAACCAGACCAACUACAAUCAGGUGACACCAAGGAAUGGAGGGCAUCUGACUCUCUAUGAGAAUCAGAUGACAUCACCCAGUUAUACACAGGCCCUUUAUCCCAAUCAAAUCAUAACAUCCUUUUCUGAACAGAAUUGUUUUGGGAAUCACCAGGAGAGCCCCGUAGCUGACAAUGAAUACUAUGGAAAUCAGAUAAUACUGCCAAAUGGAAACCAGGUUUUCUCUGAGCCUCAGAUGAGAAUUAACUGUGACCAAACAAAUGACCAAAUAAAAUCCUUCAGUGUUCAGAAUGUCUUCAAAGAUCAGGAGAAUCUCCUCAGUUGUGAGCACUCCUUCUCUGGGUAUCAGACAUCAGGGUACAGAUGUGACCAGGAUUUGAUUGUGAAUCACCAGGUAUCAACUUCAUUUGCUGGCCAGGCUUUCUAUGAGUUUCAGAAAGAGACUUCCAGUUUUGACACCACUUUUCAUGGGUCUCAGAGGACAACAUCCAGUCCAGAAGAGAACCUGGCUAGCCAUUCAGAGACAAGUCCCAGUUCUGAAGAGAUAUUCUAUUUGGGUCAGAUAAAAACCUCUUUUGAUGAAAAUGUCUGCCCAAGUCAGAAUGGAACACCCAAUCUGGAAGGAAGCCUUGAUUGGCAGGUGACUUCAUUUAGUCCCCAAGCCUCAUAUGUGGAUGAAAACUCUUAUCCUUCAAGUUCCCCUUUGUUCCAAAGACAACCUCAGGAAAAUUCUUCAGCUUCCAGUUUGGUCCAGGUACAACGUCCACAGAUGAAGUCAGACACCAAGACCAAGAGCCCAGUGUCCCGGAAGAACCCUCAUCCUUUGAAGAGCUUCUCCUGUACCUACAAGGAUUGCCAGAAAUCAUACAAAAAGUCUAACCACCUCAAAAACCACAUGAAGAAACACACAGGUCAGAAGGAUUAUGCCUGUGAUGAGCCUGGGUGCAAAUGGAAAUUCUUCCGCUCAGGAGAUCUCAAGAGACACAAGCAAAAGCACAGUGGGGAGAGGCCCUACCCCUGUGACAUGUGCAAAAAAAGCUAUUCCAGACCAGAUUAUCUCAAAAAGCAUCAGAGGAUCCAUUUUCAAACAUCACCCACCACUGCAACCUGA